CGAAGUGCCACCAACGUCGAUUCUUGCCCCAAUCGACUCCGGUCGAGGAAAAUGGGAUCUCGCCAUAUAUUACAUGCCAUAAACCGAAGUCAGGGAGGUACCCUAUGGAGCCAUCGACAAUGAGGAUCCUCUAAGUGCCUCUUCGCAGGGCCAGACGUUCACACUCAUCCUUUGCAUGCCAGCAUUACGGCCCAUUGUACAGGCAUACACUGUUUUUGGUCGGCUAUGAGCCUCAAAUAUCUAAGUAAAGCCUUUCAUCGAUUUUGGGGAGCAGAAAGAAAUGAGGUGCAAGUGAUUCAUUCUGGAUCUGCGAGGAAACAGGAUGCAUGUGUGUUCCAAGCCGUGGUUUUUUUGCAAAAGAAAUACACUUCAAAACUGCGAGGAACUGAACUACAUCAGCAGGAGUGCAGCGUGGGAUUGAGUGAACUAAGAGUGGACAAGCUGAUGGGCCGCUCCGCUCCGUGAUCUCUCGAUCGGCUUACAUCAUGGAUACAUCCUAUCAUCU